GUUGUGUGCGCAACGAUGGGCGAGGAGAUUGAGAUUGACACUGAACGGCUAAUUUCUUUGGUGCAAGAGAGGCCUGUUUUGUGGGACAAGACAGAGGACAUAUACAAAGACAGGAAUGCUACAAAGAAUGCAUGGAAAGAAGUUUGUAUGGAACUGAAACCUGACUUUGAAGAAUUGGAGGACAGAGAGAAAAAUACAUUUGGAAAAGAUGUCAUGAAAAGGUGGACGAACGUUCGAGACUGCUACGCCAAAUUUAACAAGAAAACAAAAGAAGCAAAAAAAUCAGGAGCAGGUGCUUGCAAGGUGAAAUCUUAUAUCUACAGCAAGGAACUACAAUUUCUAUCAAAACUAUAUGAAGAACGAGACACUCAGGACAGCUUUGAUGGUCCAGGAACAUGUGAGGAAGAACAUGAUGGAGGCGCUUCUUCCGAUCCAUUACCUAGUCAAUCGUCUAGCGGAGCUAGCGACGUAGGGCGAAAACGGAGCCGCAAACUAGAUCCAUUUGAAGAGCAAAUGCUAAAGAUUAUGGAGGAUGAUGCGAAAAAUAGGCACAUGUCAUUUUUCAGAAGUGUUUUGCCAUCACUGGAGAAGUUUGACGAUGACGAAGUACUUAAAUUUCAGAUGGAUGUUCUACAGAGCAUAUCUAAAAUUAAGGAAGGAAAACUUAGGAAAACAACCACUCAUAACGUCCACAUGUUUUCUCCUUCCGGUGGUUCUCCGUAUCCGACAUUUUGGCAGCAUCAAUCCUACCCUCCCCAUACUAGUCUGCCGCCUCCUGCCCCGCAUCACCAUUCUCAAACAUCCCGGUUCCCCAAUGCAGCUCAACCCGGCCACGUUUCAGGCGACUUCCAGGGCUAUGAGCAGCAGAUGUCUUCAAGCUACGCCGACAAUGCAGUAUCACCAACUCCAACACAGUUUUCAAACGAUUCUAUAGAUUUUACAAGCUAAGAACACAUCAGUUGCAUUAACAUGUGCUACAUAUAUGUUACCCAAUAAAGUAGAUAACUCUAAAA